AUGGCUCCCAAAAACAAGUAUCCCGUCAUCUUGCCGACCUAUAAUGAGCGCAAGAAUUUGCCCAUUAUUGUGUCUCUCCUGAACGACAGCUUCACAAAGAACGGGUUCGAAUAUGAAAUCGUCAUUGUCGACGAUUCAAGCCCGGAUAAUACCGCCGAGGUAGCGAAACAACUCCAGAAGGCGUUCCCUGGUCGCAUUAUCCUCAAGCAGCGUACUGGAAAGUUGGGCUUAGGGACAGGCCGCUCACGCCGGGACGGAGCAUAG